AUGGAUGAAUCAACUUUUGUUAUUCAGGUGUGGCAAGAAGCAGUGCGAAAUAGAAAAGAAAUUUCCCAUCAAGAAAAAAAUGGAAAUUUACUUCUAAAUUCAGCAUCUACUUUGCCAUUUCUUAUUGAUGAAUUAAUGCGUAUCAAUCAUUCUGUUCAUGACGAGUUAAUUGAUUUACAUCAAAGACGUAAAGAAUUAGUGGACACUAAUGCUGUCCUUCAAAAUCAAGUAGAACGUUUACGAUCUAUUCUUGUAGAGCAUUCAAGGCAAAUAAUACGUCUUCGAGCCACCUUAGAUUCGUACAAACAAACUCUUUCAGACAAUACUGCAUCGUCAGCUGUAUUUUAUUCCAAAUGGCCAGUUGUUCAUCUUAAAUUAAAUAAUGAGAGCAUAAAGUAUCCUGUCAUAAGCUCAUCAAACGAAUUAUGCACCAUAGAAUCCUGUAUCAAUUGGAAUCGGUGUCGAUUUUUAAGAUUUUUGAAGUUUUGCACUGAUUAUUAUGGUUCAAAUAAUACUAUGUCAUUUGAACAAUUACUUCAAAGUUCUCCACAUUUUACUGAAAGAUGUGAUAUUGAAAAUACUGCAUGUUUAAAAUUGACUUUUGGUGUUGAAGGUGCUCAAAAAUGUAUACAGGAAUCUGAACUGACGUCAGAAACAUUACCAACUUGUAUUGUCUUGUUUUUCAAUGCAUUGGAACUUGAUCAAAUAUAUCGGAAAUAUAAUUAUUCAACAAGUCAUCUUAACUUUUUACUGGUCGCCUACUCAUUUCCUAAAAAUACAUUUCGCCGAGGAUUCGAUUUCUUGUUGCCAAUAAAUUACGAUAUUUUAUGUAAAUACUCGAAGAAAAUUUGUUCUAUUUCUUCACCUUUGCGUUUACUACCAGGAAGACGUGCAUUAUUACUCAGCUUUAAUAUUGGGAUAUUGUCCAAAAGUCAUCUUGCUGAAAAUCACUCAUCAUUGGAUAAUUUAGUUAUUGAACACUUGAAAAAGUUGGAUAACGAUAGUCAUAAAAAGAAUGAAUCAACCUCUUUUAUUUCCAUAUCAAUUCAUAAAAAUAUCAAUGAACUUGAAAGUUGUUGGUCUAAUAAAUAUAGAGAAUUCCUUUCCCGAAAUUCCCUAUCUGAUACUGAUUGGUUUCCAUGUGAAGAUUCUUCAUCACUUCUUCGCAAGUCAACCUUUGGAUUAAUAAUGACUGGUGCAACGAACUCGUAUUUGAGUUUAGGAUUACGAAUUCAAUUGAUUAACUGUUUAGCUAAUGGUGCUAUUCCUGUUUUUAUUGGAAAUAACGAUAUAUAUUCUGAUGAAGCAAUCAACUCGGAGUUAUUGUCUAAAGUUAUUAUACACGUUCCUAAACCUCGAGUCGAGGAACUUCCAGCUUUACUUCAGUCUUUGCCUGAAGCGCAUAUCGUUGAGAUCCGCCGACAGGGCCAGAUUUUAUUUCAGCGUUACUUUAAAAAUAAAUCAUCACAACUUACCACUUUAUUGUUAGCUGUUAGUCGACGUCUUGGUUUUCCUCAACCUCCUGCUCCUCACUGGUCUAGUUUACCGGCUUAUAAAGAAUUUCACCCACCUAAACAGUAUCCAAUACAUAAAGAGAAUAAUUUUCAAGUUGAUUUAGAUGAUUUCCUCGGUCCAGUUGGACCACAACAAUCUUCCAUUAGUUAUCAAUCAAAUUAUACAGGUCCUGGUGGAUCAGCUCGAUUGGCUAGCGUAUCUUUUUACGGUGGAAUUAGUGAGAUGGUUAAUCCAUUAUGGUUAUUUCCUUCAACACCAUGGGAACCUCCACUUCCAUCAGAUGCUGCAUUUGUACCAUAUGGUUCUACAAAUCAUGGUUUAAGACCAAUUAACCAUACUAUAAAUCUUGCAGGAUAUGAAUUCAAUAUGAAUUUAGGUGGAAUGUAUCCAUAUGAACAGUUUACUAUUCUAAUCCUUACUUAUGAUCGGUUUAAUUUAUUAUGUCAAACGUUAGAAAGUUUUCUAAAUCUUCCAUAUUUGCAUUCAGUUUUGGUUAUAUGGAACAAUCCUAUUCCACCCAAUCCUGAUCUUAGCUGGCCACAAUUACAUGUUCCAAUUAAAGUUAUCCUUAGCCAAAAUAACAGUUUGAAUAAUCGAUUUUUGCCUUAUGAUUUAAUCGAAACUGAUGCAAUAUUAUCCAUUGAUGAUGAUAUUCAACUACGUCAUGAUGAAAUUGUUUUUGGAUUUCGCGUUUGGCGUGAACAUCGUGAUCAGUUGGUUGGUUUCCCAGCACGAGCUCAUUUUUGGAAUGGUUCUGAUAGUUCAUGGUUUUAUAACUCCGAUUAUAUGUGUGAAUUUUCAAUGAUUCUUACUGGAGCUGCAUUUUUUCACAAGUAUUAUACAUUUGCUUAUACAUGGGAAAUGUCUCCGGACAUUCGUAAUAUGGUAGACAAUUAUUUCAAUUGUGAAGAUAUAGCAAUGAAUUUUCUUCUAGCACAUAUAACUAGAAAACCCCCACUGAAGGUUACACUUCAUUGGUCAUUUGACUGCGUUUACUGUGGUUCAACUCUGCAUGACCGUCCAGAUCACUAUGCUGCUCGUUCCCGCUGCAUUAAUUGGUUAACAAAUCAUUAUGGAUAUAAUCCUCUCAUGUACAGUCAGUACAGAGCUGACUCUGUAUUAUUCAAAACACGUAUUCCACUCGGCAAACAAAAGUGUUAUAAAUAUAUAUAA